AUGACACAUUACGUCACCAAAAUAGAGGGUGAACCAGAGAAUAUAUGGUUCUACUUAACUUCUGCUUAUGUAUUAGUACUCUAUUUCUCGAUAGUUUUCUCAAAUCCUGGAAAUUUAAAUGAUCAUCAUAAGAGAAUCAUAAAUCAAAGGUUUUAUAAGAUGGAGUAAAUCCUAGAGAAAUGCAAAGCAAAUGGUCCUAAUUAUCAGCCUAAGUUUGAAAACAAAGCAGAAGAAAUCUUAUUCAAGAACUAUUUCACACCUAUUGAGGUGAUCAAUUCAACAUUUGAAGACACCAGAAGAUUCAAGUAUUGCUAAAAAUGUUCAGUGUUUAAAUUGCCAAGGAUGCAUCAUUGCUCAUUUAUGGGAAUAUCAAUUUACAUAAACCUAAAAAGUUCAGUUUACGAAAUGAAAAUAUUGGUAUAUAGCAAAACAAAAGGUGGAAUGGUCAUACUACUAUUAAUUCACAAUCUAAUUACAAUACAGCAUGCAUAUAAUGUGCUGUCGUUUUCAUUCUCCAAUUGUAUUAAAAACACCUAAUAAGUGGAAAUGAGUUAGCUUAGUAAUUUACACACAUUGGCUGAGUACUACUAGCUUUAAGUACCAAGUCAAAGAAAAUCCUAUUACACAAAGUCAAACAUUUUCAAGAAUGUGUCUGAAAUGCUAGGUAGUAAAAAUAUUGUUGAAUGGUUCAUUGCGAAUCCCUUCUAUGAUAGACAAAGCUAUGUUAGAUGUCUUCAAGGAAACUUUAAUACUACUACAUAUGAUGAGUAUGAAAUUAAAAAAGCAGUAGGUUAUAUGAAAUUAGACAAAGACUCAACAAGAGACUUGGUUAAUUUAUAGUAUUAAGUAGAAAAGAUUAGACAAGAGGAGUAGAUGCAGUCUGGAGGAAGCAGCUAAAUUGGUUUCUAACACAUCGCAUUUUAUGUCCCUGAGUACAUAUAGGAAUUAAUUAAAGAUAUUUGA